GUAGUUGAUGAUAGGCUGGCCAGUUCCUACUAAUUCAAUCCAACCCAAAAUCAGUGAAGCAACUUCUAGAAUCCCAUCCUAAUCAAUCAGAAGACACCAAGGAAAAGUAGCAGCCAAAAUCCCCCCUCAGUCACCACUCUCCUCUCCUCACCUCACCUCACCUCACCGGACCUCCACCACAAUAAAAACCCUAGCCGACCACCCACCGAGUAGGAGUUGGAUGCAAAUAGGAAGAAAUGCCACCAAAGCAGCAAUCAAAAGCCGAUAUAGCCAAGAAGCAGAAGAUCGUAGAGGACAAGACCUUCGGUCUCAAGAACAAAAAUAAGAGCAAGAAUGUUCAAAAAUAUGUUCAGAAUCUCAAGCAAUCCGUUCAGCCUAAACCCGACUCCUCUAAGACCGCCGCUAAGAAAAAGAAAGAGGAAGAGAAGGCUAAAGAGAAGGAGCUGAAUGAUUUGUUCAAGGUUGCCGUCAGCCAGCCCAAAGUUCCUAUCGGUGUUGAUCCCAAGUCUAUAUUGUGCGAGUUCUUUAAAGCUGGACAGUGUGCUAAAGGUUUCAAAUGCAAGUUCUCCCACGAUUUGAAUGUUCAGAGGAAAGGAGAAAAAAUUGAUAUUUAUAGCGAUAAGCGAGACCAAGAAACUAUGGAGGAUUGGGAUCAAGAGACCUUGGAAAAGGUUGUGGAGUCAAAGAAAACAGAGUAUAAUCAGAAUAAACCUACUGACAUUGUUUGCAAAUACUUUCUGGAAGCUGUGGAAAAGAAACAAUAUGGCUGGUUUUGGGUCUGCCCAAAUGGUGGUAAAGAUUGUCAUUAUCGGCAUGCUCUUCCUCCAGGAUAUGUAUUAAAGUCUCAGAUGAAGGCUCUCUUAGAGGAAGAGGCUGAUAAGAUACCCAUUGAGGAGGAGAUUGAAAAUCAGCGUGCCAAAUUAACAGCUUCAACCCCCAUGACUCCUGAGUUAUUCAUGCAAUGGAAGAACAAAAAGAUAGAAGAGAGAGAUGCUGGUUUGGCUGCACAGAGGGCAGAGAGGGCUAAGAAUGAUCGUAUGAGUGGUCGUGAGCUAUUUCUAUCAGAUGCUAGCCUGUUUGUGGAUGAUGCUGAGGCAUAUGAGGAAUAUCAAAGAGAGGAACAAUCUGAUGGUCCUGAACAGAAGGCCAAUGUUAGUUCUUCUACUGAUGGGCCGAGUACAUCAGCAGCAUCUGUUGUCGAUGAUGAAGAUCCUCAUGGUGGUGAGGAGGACGACGAUGAUGAAUUGGACUUGGAUGAGCUAAAUGAACUGGAAGCCAGCUUAGCAAAAACAUCAAUCCAAAUUCAAGAGCCUGGCGGCGACAAUUAAUUUUGGACGCAGAUUUUGCGGUCUACAUGCCUUUUAAAGUGUUGACUUCAUGAUCCUGCCGUGGAAGGAUGGUGCCUUACAAAGUGUUGACAUCGUGAACCUACUGUGGGAGGAUGGCCUUGACUUGUGACUACCUGACAGGCUGCUGGUGGUGUUUUGCAAGAUUGUUCGGGAUUUAUGAGCCCUUUUUUUGGUUUUAGCCAGUCGUGGACGUUAAAAAUAUUGAAUGUGAAUUUGAGUCUGAUGCCAGUUUGUGCCUCUUGGCGUUUGCAAGUUGUGCCUGGUUUUUGUUACUAGGUUCCAGGAGUCAAUAAAUUAUUAGGAGGAUCAUAGAUGUGACUGUAGGUUGAUUAAAUUUUUUGAGCAUUAAAGUAUAUCAGCCACGUAUUUUUGUUUGGACUUCA